AUGUUGAUGGUCAGAGCAAAAGUAACGAAAGCUGACGGUGGAAAUCUCGACGAUGGCGCUAAAGUAGGGCCGGUGAACAAUUUCUUGCAUAGUUUGUUUAAGCAAGUUGAUGUGUUUUUGAAAGGGAAGCUAGUAACCCAAGCGACAGGAACUUAUCCUUAUCGUGCAUAUAUCGAUACACUUUUGAAUUAUGGUCCAUCAGCUAAACAAUCCCAGCUGACAGCUGCGUUGUUUUACAAGGACGAAGCUUCAAAAAUGGAGGUUGCCGACCCAGCAAACGCCAGUCCAAACAAAGGCUUGAAAACACGAAGUAGGUUUACUGCGAGAAGUGCAAUUGUCGAAAUGGGAGGCCCUAUAUUUUGUGAUGUUUUCUUCGGUGAAGGCCUCCUGCUUAGCUAUGUUGAUUUGAAAGUGGUAGUGAACCGUAGCAGUGACGAGUUUGCCUAA